AUGAUCGAAGACCUGGAUGAGCUGGGGCUAUCCAACCUGGCCUGGGCGCAUGCGAAGUUGGAGCUGGAAAGCCUCGCUCUGUUCGCGGCCACUGCCGGCACCGCCAGACUGCCCAAGCUUACGGUGCAGAACCUGGCGAAUACGAGCUGGGCAUUUGCAAAGGUGGGCUUGGUUGACCAGGCGUUUUUGCACGCAACCCAGGAGCAAGCCAUGGGGAAGAUGUCAGAGUGCACCGCCUUCGAUUUGUCCAUCCUGACCUGGUCGUUUGAUGCCCUGUGUGCCGAGCUGUCCGCAGACUUCAUGCAGAGGGCAUUGGCUCACUUCACGAAGGAGCUCGAGCUGGAGGGUGACGUUGGUAUGUUCUGGUUCGACGUGGCCAACGUUGCGCUCACGCGGGCAUGCCCAAACCGAGAGGCAUUUGAGAAGAAGUUCCGAGAGAGGUUGCUGCAGCAUGUUGAAGACAGCUUGCGCAAUCUUUCUUCGCGAGAUGUGCCUCACUUGCAAUCCUUUGAGUCGUGGCAGUCCCUGGUGGAUAUGUGGAAUAUCCCAUAUCUGGGCCCUGCUUACACCAAGCUGCUAUUUCAGCAGCAGGGAGUGAUGACGAGGCAUCGUAACGCCCGCGUUGCAGAGGAUGCCCCGCAAAGCGAGGCACGCUUGGAGCGCGAAAAAAGGCGUGCUGUAGCCAUUUUGCAAGAGCAAUGUGGCCCCAAACUGCAGCCUGCUGCACUGCACUCAGCAACCUCCUGCCACAACUCUUUGGCGCUGGCAUUCGCCAUCCCCAGAACUGGGCCCGGCCCUGAGACCGCGCCAGUUGAAGGUCGGGAAGCCUUCUUUGGGGCCCCGCUCGGAUCGGGUCAAGCAGACGGAGAGGAACACAGCCGUGAGAAGGACCGGUCGGAGGGCAUCGACAUUUGCUUCGGCCAGCCUGGAUGUAUCGGUGGAUAG